AUGAAUUCAAAUUUCGAUGGAUUCUUGACAAAAAUACCAAUUGUCACACUAUACUUUACCGUCACAUUAAUUUUUACUACAGCACUAGUUUCUUUUAGGGCGUUAAACCCCAAAUACAUAAUUCUCAAUUGGCUGUUUGUAUACAAAAAUAGACAUAUAUGGCGGAUUUUCACAAACUAUUUCUUUAUCGGCUCGUUUUCCAUAAAUUGGAUAAUGUCGCUCGUUGUUUUUGUUCAGUUUUCAACUAGUCUAGAACAUAAUAUGGCCUUCGCACGAUCCAAGGGUUCUUAUCUGUACUUUUUAUUUCUGCAAAUGGUAACAAUUUCUACGCUAAGUUUACUAUUCUACUGGCCAAUAGGUUAUCCAAUCCUUUUUGAAUCGCUGCACUUUUCCAUAGUAUAUUACUGGUCCAAAUUGGAAAAAAUGACGCCUAUUUCUAUCUAUUUCAUUAGGGUUAGUGGUUAUCAACUCCCAAUUCUCAUGUGCUUAUUUCACUUAUUAACAGGUGGAUCAAUUUUAAAUGAUGUCAUGGGUCUAUUGGCUGGGCACUUGUAUUACUACAUAAGGGACCUAAUUCCAAAUGGUUCAAACAUUUCAAUUAUCAAGACCCCCCAGUUAUUCGACAAAAUUGUCACCAAAAUGGACGAAUUUAUAAGCUAUCUCAUGAGCGAAUCUAGACAUAAUGGAAUUAAUCAGGGCGGAUUUAGGGGUAGGGGCGUUACGCUCAAUUCUUAA